CUCACCUGAGUGAAAGAGAUAACUGAGCACCAUUCUCUCUCUCUUUCCUGCUAGGGUUUACGGGCUGUGACAAUGGCGCCGAGAAAACGCAAGGCUGAUGAGGACGCCGAGCCGGCGGGGAACCCCUCCGAGUCAACUCGGAUGGUGACUCGGGGCGCGGAGGCCGCGGCCCGUCGGCAGACUCGAAGCUCCACUCAGGGAGGUGGUGGUAAGACUAAGAAAGCGACUCCUCAGAAACCGGCGGCGACGAGGAAGAAGAGCAAGAAGAAAGAGGCGAAGAAACCGGAGGAAGUGAAGACUGAAGAAGAAGAAGAGGGCAAGGUUGAAGCUGAGGAGGUGAACAGGAAGACUAUUGUGGUUGAACGCUGCACGCAAUGCAAUGCAUUUAAGACAAGGGCCGAGCAGGUGAAAGCUAGUUUGGAGAGUCUGCCUGGCAUCUCUGUGGCAAUUAACCCUAUUAAGCCAAGAAGGGGUUGCUUUGAAAUACGGGAAGAAGGUGGUGAGAAGUUCAUCAGUCUAUUGGACAUGAAGCGGCCAUUUAAACCUAUGAAGGAUCUGAACAUGCAGGAUGUUAUUGACAAUAUAAUUCAGAAGAUCCAGUGAAUGAGGUGAUGCGUGGCAUGGAAGUGGAGUUAUAUAUUAGAUGGGGGAACAUCUUUUUGUUGUAAUCUUUAACUUGCUUCAUUGAAAGUAGAGACUUUAGACUACUAAUCCUAUAUUUAGGAUACCUGUGAUCAUAUUUUUUGUUAGUCAAGCCAAGUGCUAGAUAUCCUUUACAUAUAUGAUCAUAUUUAAAUUCAGUUUCCCAAUCUCUGAUUCUAAU